AUGUUGAGUGCGGUUCUUGGUUUGAGUUUUCAGGAGUUUUCUCGGUAUCACACACAGCGGAAUAUGACUCGUGCCAAGUACCAUGUUUCUGGUGGAUUGAUGGCGGACAAGGACCACACCUGUGUUCGGUUAAUGUAUUGCGCCAACUUCUCCCGCAAGUUGACUUACGGUAAAACAUAUGCCAUAGAGGGUUUUCUUGUUGGGGCAAAGAGGCACGAAAUGCCAUUCGUAAUUUUCGACAUUAACAACACCCGCGAAGUUCCGACUACGCACGCCGGCGGAGAAACUCGAGUUCAUUCACUAGGUGUUAUUGUUCAGACUUUUCACUCUAAAUCAAGCCUCGGGCUUCAAGGGCCCAUCUCCUUAAUCAUAAGACAUGAUGGAUUCGACGAACAUGACACGGAGGAUGAUAGCAUGCUCGUAAAUUAUGUCGUCCCAUCUAAGAUUAUUCCCGAUGAUGAGGUUAUAUUAUUCUCAGCGGGGAAGCGAGUCUUAUUCCGUGGAACAUUGGCCGGUCGGAAUUGGGAACUGGAUAUGAUGAGGGUAGAGGUUAUCAGUGGAGAUUUAGACAUUCAAGACAAAGAGUUAUACAGAGAUUAA